UACACUUUCGUUAACGUUGCGACCGACAUUUUCAAUGAAAGGCACAGAUGGAUAACUCCACAGGAUCUCAGCGUUCGUCUGACAGCCAACUUCGUCUUUUUGUCACAGUGGUGACGCUCAGGGUGCUGAAUAAAACCGGCUCUAUCAAAUAUGCUAGUGAGGACACAUUGAUCAACCUCACGCCACGCCUGGUGAACCAGAUCCUGGCUGGGCUCCACGUAAGGACAGGCUGCUGUCCAGACGUAGCCAUGUCCAAGAAAGUGGCUAAGGCUUUGCUUAAAGACCUCAACAUUAAAUUUGAGUGGCAGACCAGGUAUCAGAUCCUGAUGGAGGAUCCAAAUAUGGAAGCUGCCAUUGUUAAAUGUUUUCAAACCCACCUGCAGAUGUUCUUUGAUUGGUUUGGAAAGAAGGGUCUCAGCCGAAAAGAUAUAAUCAUCAAUUUAGCAAUGACAAUUUGCAAAGCGUUGUGUUGCGUAUGAGCCACCCCAGUCGUGGCUGGAGUUACGGCAGUUUGGCGACAGAUGCAGAGCUGAAAAAAGCCCAGUUUGAGUUGAAGUUGCAGUUAAUACAAACAUCACAUUGGCGACGACGAUGGAGUUUCCGUUCCCACCUCUCCCUCCGUUCCUUGCUCUACACCAGGAGUAUUCAAUUACAAUACAGGGAGGUCCAGUUGGAGAAAUUUUCCUCAACCAAAGGUCCGGAACCAUAAUGUCUAACUUGCGUUAUGAUUCAGUGCCAUAUUGAAGAAGCUCGGUUGUAUCGUCAUCUAGCCUGAUUGUCAAUAACUGACUGUCAAAUCGAAUAAAGAAAAAGACCUGCAAUUCAAUAACAUUUCAACAAUGUUAACUGUCAGGUUUCAUAUUGAACUGGAGCAAUUAUAAAUAACAAGUUGUCUAAUAAUGUUCUCUUCUCACUUCAAGUAAAGUAAGAACAAAACAUAUAAUGUUGAAAAUGUGCAUCUUAACAGUCUCAGAACACAAAACCUGGGUGGAGAAAUCAGAACACUGAAAUACAAUAUUCUCUCACACUCAUGCAAUCAUCUGUGAGUGUGUGUGUAGGGUAUAAAAAAGGCAUGGCGGGGGGGGGGGCACUCAAUCAUGUGUCACGGUGUGGCCUUUAGCAAGGCUCUAAACGUGUCGACUGGCUGGACCACUGUUACUUAUGCACAUGAAAACAACAAGCGACAGGGGCAGAGAAGCAGAGUUGGCUGCAGUAGUGUCUUAAUAAAGAAUUGAAUCAAGUUAAAAGAGAAGUCACGCUGCUACGGAAAGUCCGGUGGUUGGUCCUGGAGCGAGACGGCGCUUUAGCCCUGGAGAAAGUGAAACGUAUCCCCUGCGUGCCGACUAGGGCCAGCCGCGGAUAGUUGUAAUACGUUGGACGCCAAGCAGUGUUGUGACAGCUAACGCUCCACCAGUAAAAUGGAAACGCCAGUCAAAAUGUGCUAUUCUCAAUGAUCUAUCAGUUGUGGAUCCAGAUCCGGACAGGACAGCGUCUGGGUCCGGAUCUGGACCGCGGUCCGCCUUUUAGUGACCCCUGCUCUCCAUGGACUCACUGGCAUGAAUUGUCUGAAACACUGAUACAGAGAGCCAUGCUCAUCCACGACUUUGGAUUUUUCCCUCCGUAAGCCUCAUGUGACGCUCUGCAUUCUGGACAUGUUGCUGCCCCACAAAACAUUAUGCUCCGGCUGAUUGUUUUCCGCCAGCGCCAGCGGCAAGCGGGUGAGUCGGUCCACCAUUACCUAGCCGACCUGGGGGGCCUGCCCAGCCUCUGCCAAGACAGGGUUAGGGUUAGGGUUAGGUAAUAGCCUGAAACUCAGGGAAAAAAACUUAUGAGGUCCCCAGACGAUUUAACUCUGGCAAAGGCUGUGGACAUAACAUUCCAGAGUCUUUACUGGUGAGGAAAGACACAAUCACUGAAUCAUCUGCAAACUUCAUAAAGCCACUCCUUAUGCUACGGCACUCUUUAGCGUUCAACAUAAAUAAAAGGCGGGUGAUCCAGUGGAGGAGAGAAGAACAUCCCUCACCUGCUGCGACCUUGCAGUUUCAAAAUCCUACAACCAGCCCAUGAUCAUUAUUGUGGAUACUCUUCAGCCUUUCUGCUAGAAAAUGUGCCUGAAUGCAGUUAAAAGCUGAGGAGAAUUCAAUAAAAAUGAGUGGUGCCAGAAUUAUUUUUAAAAGGGUGCCCGUCGCAUACGCUACAACCCUACUGCACCGGUAAGCAAAUUGGAGUGGGACAAGAUUUGCCUCUUCUGUGUUCAUAAGCGCCUCCUUCACAAUCUUCUCAAAUGUUUUCAUUACAAGAGAGGUGAGCACUACAGGCCUAUAGUCAUUAAGAGACUUUGGGGCAUUAUUCUUUGGCUCAGGUGUAAUAGUGGAAUCCUUCCAAAGACCAGGAACCCUAUGGUGGUAGACUGACAACUUGAAAAUGAAACUAUCUGCAAGCUGUGAGGCACAGUUUUUAAGAAUACAACCCCCAUACAAUCAGGGCCAGGACUUUUCCUAUCCUUUACUCCCCGAAAAAGUUUCUGGAUCUUGCCCUUAUCCACAAAUACACAGUCCUGCCCUGGAGCAGCAUUUUAAAAAACUGACUGCUCCUCACUUGAAUCAUGGACAUUAAAACAAAGAUUAUAAAACAUUCAGUUCAUUUGAAAGGUCAAGGUCAGGCUUGCCAUUUAGGGAAAUUGUGCAUUUCUUGGACUGCAUCCCCAUCGUAGAUUGCACAUCCUCCCAUGCAGGGUGUGAUUGACCGGUACUGAGCAAGUUCUCUACUUUGUCCUUGUAGCCACUCUUGGCAAACUUUAGUUAUUUUUUGAUCUGUGUCUGUAUUUCUCUGUAUUGAGUCAUAUCCCCUUGAUGAAAACUGAUAUUUUGCUGGAUGAUCAUGUUUUUGACAGACUUUGAGAUCCAUGGUUUAUUGUUUGGACAGAUGAAAAUUGACUUCCUGGGGAUGAUUAAAUCCUCUCAGAAGGUUAUGUAUGCCAACAGUGUGUGUGAGUUCAUCCAGAUCAACACAAACAUUUUUAAAUAAGUCCCAGUCUGUGCAGCUAUAACAGUCCUUGAGGCAGUGGAUAGACUCCUCUGACCAGAGACUAAACGGUGUUCCGGCUUGUUUAUCUUCAGGACCAGUUUGUAGGACGGAACUAAAUACACGACAUUGUGAUCAUACAAACCGAAUGGAGCUCUACGAGGGGUUUUAUAGGUUCCCCUGACAGAUCCAUAGCAAAGGUCCAGUUAUUUCAUGAGUCGUGUCGGGCAAGUCACAUACUGGAAAAAAUUACACAAAAAAGUUCCUGGUUUUCAAUGAUUUACCCAUUACAGCGCUGCAGGGGAUUAGUGUGGUGGCCAUGUAUUGAUGGAGAUAUAUAGAUGCAUGGCGUCCCAGGGGACACGCAUGAUUCAAAUCUCUUUGAAUUAUAGGCCCGUCCACACAGUAGUGUGCCUUACAAUCCAACAUGUCUCUUCACCUUUGUGUGUAAAACAUUAAGUGGGAGAUCAUAGGCGUCAUCAAAACAUCAAAGGCCUGAGGUUCAUGUAAGUUAGUUACAAGUCAUUUCUUUGCUUACCGCUCUGCCGCUUGGCUUUGCCUCAGCGCUAUCGACGGCCGACGUUUGCAAUGAAAGGCACAGAUGGAUAACUCCACAGGAUCUCAGCUGUUGUCUGACAGCCAACUUCGUCUUUUCGUCACAGUGGUGACGCUCAGGGUGCUGAAUAAAACCGGCUCUAUCAAAUAUGCUAGAAAGGACACAUUGAUCAACCUCACGCCACGCCUGGUGAACCAGAUCCUGGCUGGACUCCACUAUCUGCAGGAUCGGGCGUGGUCGUCUGGUUGUGGUCGCCAGAGUGCACAUGGAUCGGAUCGAUUCCAUGCAACCGACUGCAGCCUAACUGGGGAGUCUGCUCGAUCUGGUAGGCCUACACAUGGACUCUCAGAACCCAAAGCUGGGGCUGAAGCUGGACACGCCACUGAUGUAGUGAGGGAACUGCAGACGCCCUCCAAGAAAUGGGACCUCCUUCAGACCUACACCCCCUCUCGCUCCCUGCGGUCCUCAUCAGCAGGUCUACUGGCUCUACCAGACAUCAAGCUCAGCACAGUUGGUGCCAGGGCUUUCUCCCAUGCAGCACCAAAACUCUGGAACUCCCUCCUUCCUCCAUCCGCUCACUGGACUCCAUUACACAAUUCAAAACUGCUCUUAAAACCCAACCUACCCCCUUUAACUGCCUCAACAGUUGUGUUUUUCAACUGUUGAUUUUAACAAAUGUUGACUGCUGAUGUUUUAUUGAUGCUUCAUUUUUUAUUGUAUGUAUAAUUACUGUACUUGAUGUAAGGUGACCUUAAGUGCCAUGAUACUCGCCAUUGAAUAAAAUGUAUUACUAUUAUUA